UUUCUUUCUAACACAAUGAACUCUAUUUCAGGAUUAGGAAUCCUGCUUGAUGCCACUGACAAUGAAUACAUGAUCAAUUGCUGUGGAGUGGUGUCCUCUUGGGAGUUUUAUGUCAAAACAAACUCAGGAACAGUGAAGCUACAGAUUUGGCGCCCCGAGGGAGGAGGGCAGUUUAAGCUGGUUGGGGAGAACAGUUACACCGUAGCCGCUGGAGACGAAAACGACGAAUUUCUGUACACUGUUCCAACAAACGAGAGAAUCUCUGUACGGGAUGGUGACUACAUUGGGUUUUUCACGGCAGGACAGCCCAUGAUCUCUCACAAGUCUGAGGGGGACGGUACCGAUGGUUAUACCUACUCCACCACUAUAGGCGCCCAGACCGUGGGCAGCACGUACAACUGGGGAUCGCAGACUGCCGAUACCAGAAAGGAAUACGCCAUCAACGUUCGACUGGUUCCUGGCAAUUCACCCACGCUGUCUAACCUGGACUCAACUGUGACUUUUCCGGAUAGUACUGCCGCCAACACUCUGAUGUUUACUGUAACCUGGAGUGAUAACGACCCUCUUGAUAUCCUAACUGUUGUCAUGACAACAACAACAUCAUCUUUCUCCUUUGAUACCACAAAUGGAGAGGUCAAAAAUACUGGAGCACUGCCAUAUGGAAACAACCCUCUGUCAUUCAGAGUAACGGAUGACUGUGGAAGAACGGACACAGGAACAUUAACGAUAUCUGUCACAAACAGUGUACCUGUGAUAACCAACUUACCGGCUACAGCGGACAUUACAGAAGACCAUGCUAACGAGCAGCUUCUAUACACUCUUACUGUCACAGACGAUUCCCUUGGAGAUUCUGUAACGUGUAGUAUCGCCAGUUCUAACCCCACCACAACCAAUUUCUUCUCCAGGAUAGUUUCUGGUUCCACAAACUAUGGUAUUUAUAUCAAAGCCCAACCGUCGCUAUCGUAUGAUACAGCACGUCAAUAUAUACUGACUAUUUCCUGUACGGACACAAAAGACACAGCUCAGGGAACAUUUACUGUUUACGUCACAAGAAACAACCCGCCGGCGUUUACCAAUCUCCAAGCCACGAAGACUAUUGCUGCAUCCACUACCACUACGGGUUCUGUAAUAUACACAGUGACGUCAACUGAUUCAGAUUCCAACCAGCUCUAUUAUAACAUGACGUGUGCUCCUGCAGCUUGUCCAUUCACAAUCCAUAACUCAGGAGAAAUUCUAUCUACUUCGGAUUUAUCCCAGCAUACUGUACCAGGUUAUGAUUUAUACGUGUAUGUCACUGAUGGAAAAACUCUGGUAGGACCACGAACACUCACUGUGAUCAUCUCUGGUAUAAACACAGCCCCCGUGAUCACUAACUUACCCCUGGCCGCACCUCUCACUGUGCCAGAGAACUCUGCUCUCUCCAUGUCCGUGUUCCAGGUAUCAGUAUCUGACGUGAACUCGGCUGACACCCACACUUACGCUGCUUCUUAUACUCCCAGUCUAGGAUCCACACUUUUCUCACUCAACACAGCCACUGGUCUUAUAUCCACCUCAUCUACACAAAACAUUAACUUUGAGUCUGUGUCAACCACUGCCACGACUUACGUCAUCACCAUCACUGCUACCGACGGACAGGCUACCGCCACAGAUACGCUCAGCAUCGUCAUCACUGACCAAAACGAAGCUCCUGUGUUCGGGAAAGCUUCUUACGCCAUUUCUGGCAACGAAGGAGCGGCAGGAUCCACCGUGGGAAAUCCUUCGUUUGACGUCACUGAUCCCGACACUGGGGAAAGUUUGUUUUACUCAAUUGAUUGUCCAACGUUUGUUAUUAAUUCAAACACUGGAGUAAUAACGUUUAGUCAUGACUACGAUUUGGAUAAAGCAGGUACGGCCUCUUCUGUUACGUGCACUGUCACUGUUACAGACGGAGAUCUGUCAGAUACAGCUUCAUUGGUUGUUACAAUCAAUGACGUCAAUGAUAACACGCCCGCUUUCGGAAGCUCCACCUACACUUUUUACGCUCAACCUAGUACAGGGGUUGGAACAGUUCUUGGAUCUAUAGCAGCCACUGAUGGCGAUGUGGGAUCAUUCGGCACUGUGUCUUACACAUUGGAUCAGACUAGUUUAGGGUAUGAGUACUUCGGUGUACAAAGUAACGGGGACUUCUACGUGAAGAAUGGUCUGACUUCUUUCUCCUCCGGAACAACUGUCACACUGACGGCUACUGCACAGGACUCGGGGGGACUUAAAGACACCGCCCCUGUGACUAUUGUUAUCCCUGAAUCCACCACGGCUGCACCUACAACCACUACUGAUCGUCACGUGACUUUCCUAGAGGACUCUCGGAACAUUGCCUGGGUGACAGUAGCGAGUGUUCUAUUUGCCGGUCUUGUAAUAUUCUGGGGUUAUCUGUUUGUUCGGUUUGGAAGCUUUCCUUGUAAGAAUGGCUCUUACAAGCCAAAUGCUCAAAAAGUAAGUCGAUGGCCUCCAUUUGACCACAAGGAAAAUGUCAGAAUAGUGAAAAGUAUGGACAUGAUAUAG